AUGGUGUGCAAGUUGAAUAAGUCAUUGUAUGGACUUAAAGAAGCAUCACGACAGUGGAAUUCAAAAUUUACCACUUGUUUACUAGCUUAUGGUUUUCAACAAUCCAAAGCAGACUAUUCUUUGUUUACCAAGACUACUCAAACAGGGGAAUUCAUUGCAUUGUUGGUUUAUGUGGACGAUAUUGUAAUUGGUAGUACUUCAAUGGAUCUUACUAAUGAUGUUAAGGGCUAUUUGAGUUCUAAUUUCAAGCGUAAGGACUUAAGGAAACUUAAGUAUUUUCUUCGCUUAGAAGUGGCAAAAUCCAGUAAGGGAAUUUUUCUUUGUCAAAGGCAGUAUACUCUGGACAUCUUAACAGAAUAUGGUUUAUUGGGAUCUAAACCAGUGUCUACACCGAUUGAAUAUCAUCAUAAGUUGACAAAGGCCACAGAUGAAGAACAAUUGAAAGAUAGUACUAUGUAUAGACAACUGGUUGGAAGACUAUUGUAUCUUACUUUUACAAGACCAGAUACUUCAUAUACUGUUCACAUACUCUCUCAGUAUAUGGACAAGCCAAGUGAGGCUCAUUUACAAGCAGCUUUCAGAGUAAUACGAUAUCUUAAAACAGCUCGUGGUCAAGGCAUUUUAUUUUUUAGUGAUUCUGAUUUAUGCCUACAAGCAUAUAGUGAUAGUGAUUGGGUUGGUUGCCCAGAUACUAGAAGAUCAGUUACUGGUUUUGGUAUAUUGCUAGGAAACUCAUUGAUAAGUUGGAAAGCUAAAAAGCAGAGUGUGGUAGCAAGGAGUUCUACUAAAGCUAAAUAUAGAGCAAUGGCAGCAACUUGUUGUGAAGUGAUUUGGUUACUGCAUUUACUUAUGGACUUCAGUAUUGAACAUUCAUGUGCAGUGAAAUUAUUUUGUGACAAUCAAUCAGCUCUUCAUAUUUGUCGGAAUCCCAUAUUUCAUUAG